UUUCAUUUAGAAUUGACUCCUUAUCUAAUUGGUAUCAGAGAAUAAUGUGAAAUAUUAGUCAUGAAAUCCAUUGGCACGACACCGCUGAAUACUUAAAACCACGAAUUUUUAAAUUAGCAACUGAUAGCAAUGAUUAGGUAUCACUAAGUCACGACACACAUUCACAACUUUGAAAUAAAAGAUUGAGCACAGAAAGAGAUUCAUUCAUUUAAUCCAGAAGGAUUUUAUUAGACAGUCAGUUGAGCUUAGUGCAGUGAGAAUGAAAGUGUUGAUCUUUAUUUGUCUUGCAAUAAUCCACGGAUCAUACUGUGUAGAUAAGUAUGUGUGGGUUUCUUGCAAUAAUGGCUACGUCAAAGGGAAAGUCGUUCCUGGAAAUGAGAACUCCUAUGAGGCGUUCUAUAGUAUACCAUAUGCUAAGCCACCUGUUGGGCCUCUGAGAUUUAGCAGUCCUGUUCCUUGUGAUCCAUGGGAAAAGGCUUAUGAUGCCACGUAUCCACGUAGUGAGUGCCUCCAGAAAGUCUAUUAUGGAGCCUAUUCAUAUAUCAAAGGUGACGAAGACUGCCUCUACCUGAGUGUAUAUCGACCAUGCAACAGAAAACCCUAUGAAAAACUUCCAGUUAUUGUCUACUUUGGUUUUGGUGCAUUCGCAACUGACUACACAAGUCCUGACAAUCUCUCACCAGACUACUUCAUGGAUACCGAAAGAGUAAUAGUUGUUGUUGUACAAAGUCGUCUUGGUGUCUUUGGCUACUUGAGCUCAGGCGACACGCAUUGUUCAGGAAAUUUUGGUCUUAAGGAUCAAAGAUUGGCCCUUCAGUGGGUCAAUGCCAAUAUAGGAGCCUUCCAAGGUGACUGUGACUGUGUAACACUUAUGGGAGCUGGUUCAGGUGCUACUGCUGCAGUUUAUCACUGGCUCAAUCAUGACACCUCAAAACUUUUCCAGAAGGUAAUCCUCAAGAGCGGUGAUGUUCUCGCAUCGUGGGCACUCCUUGAACACCCCUACAAACAAUUUUUACUUCAUGCCGAAUCGAUUGGAGUUCAAUAUCCAGAAAAACUCUCUACUCUUGAACUCACUGAAAAACUCCGAAAAGCUGAUGCAAAACUUCUUCUGAGAGCAUAUGAUGAGCUCGACUUCUGGCGAGUUGAUGAGUUUGCGUACUACCGACCAGUUGUUGAGGCUAAAAGUGAUGAAGCGUACGUUACGAAAGAUCCAAGAAAAGCAUGGGAAACUGGAUGUUUUGAACCAAAGGCACUAUAUGUCACCUUCACUCAGAACGAUGGAAAUGUUAGAGCUGGACUUCUUUUUAAUGAGCAACAAAGAUCUGACUUCAAUCUCAAUGUUGAUAAACAUCUUGCAGAUAUUCUUGAUCUUGAUCCAAAGUACAUUCGAUCCGUCAAGGAUUACUACUUCUAUAGUGAACUAUGUCAAAUUACAGAUGAGAAUUUAUGGACAUUUUUGGAAAUGUUCACAACAAGACUUUUCCACCAAUCUCUGUAUAACACAGUCAAAUGCUACGUUCACAACGUUGAUACUCAAAAGUAUCCAAUAUCUAUCGAUAAAUUCAACUUUAACGGACCCUGCCACUUCACUAAAGUCUUCACAGGUUACGACGUAAAUCUCGGUCCAGGAUUCUGCGAUGAUCUCCUCUAUCUCUUCAGAUUCCCAUCCCACUUCCCAGAUUUUGAUUACAAAUCCGUUGAUUAUCAAAUGAAAAACAUUUAUGUGGAUACACAUAUUAACUUUGCCGUAACUGGUUGGCCUAAUCAAUGGUUUGAUUUGAAUGUUUGCGAUGAAUACUACUUUGAGAAAUACGGCUUCUGCGACUUCCAAAUAUAUGGAAAUCAAACUCAAGUUGUUUAUAAAGAUGUGUACAGCCAAGCAUCUGUCGAACCAUCUAAUUACUACGAAAUUGAUCAAGUUUCCUUUUGGAACCAGUUUUCAUCACAUCAUUAAAUUGAAUCCGGAUAUUGCGUCUGUCAAUAAAUUUGUUUUAAUUGUUGCCGUUUUUGUUCUGUAUGUUUGCAAUAUGGCAUGAAUAAAAUUUCUGAAUAAAAAACGCCAGCUUUCCUUAAUUUUGGUUUUUGUGC